AUGGCGAGCUUUGUUGGGCAACCGUCCAUCAAGGGCUCGACCGAGACCACGCGCAUGGCGUUGUUGACGUUCGCGGCCGUCGGACUGCAAGUUACAUGGGGCAUUGAGAUGACUUACUGCACUCCCUACCUCCUCCAGCUCGGCCUCACGAAAUCCCGCACGUCUCUUGUCUGGAUUGCAGGGCCCCUCUCGGGCCUAAUAAUGCAACCAAUCGUCGGAGUUGUCUCCGAUGGCUGUACAUCCACAUACGGCAGACGGAGACCGUUUAUGGUGUUAGGAUCAAUAGUUGUCGCAGCUUGCUUACUGACGCUCGGCUGGACGAAGGAGAUUGUAAGCGCUUUUGUGGCGGAGGGAGAGUUUAGAAAGACCUGUACGGUUACAUUGGCUGUACUGGCAAUUUAUGCUGUUGAUUUUGCUAUAAAUGUUGUUCAAUCAUGUUGCCGGAGUCUGAUUGUUGAUACCUUACCUAUCCCCAAGCAGCAAACGGGCUCUGCCUGGGCAAGCAGAAUGGUAUCUGUGGGCCAUUUGUUUGGAUAUGUUAUUGGUACAAUGGAUCUGGUCCAGAUCUUUGGCACUUCCUUUGGAGACACGCAGUUCAAGAAGUUGAUCUUGAUUGCAGCAUUCAGUCUCAUGUUCACGGUUGGAGUUACUUCGUGGGCUGUGACAGAACGAGUCCUAGUUUCUGAAAAGGACGAAGAACCCCGAGAUGGGCCAAUUAAGAUCAUUCGCAAGAUCUUCAAGGCGACCAUUCAGCUUCCACCAAGAAUCCAAGCCAUUUGCUGGGCGCAAUUCUGGUCAUGGAUUGGGUGGUUUCCAUUUUUGUUUUACAGCACGACUUGGGUUGGUGAGACGUAUUUCAGAUACGAUGCUCCUCAGCAUGUCAAGCAGUCGAAAGAUGCAUUAGGUGAUAUUGGACGAAUAGGCAGCAUGUCCCUUGUCAUAUUCUCCUUUGUCACAUUCCUUGGGGCAUUUAUUCUUCCUCUAUUGAUCAGGUCUCCUGAAUCAGAGAGGUUCACUCAUCGACCGCCGGCGGCCAUCGCAGAGGUUGUCACGAAAUUCAACAAGUACAAGCCGGAUUUAUACACCGCUUGGCUCUGUGGACAUUUGAUGUUUUCAGGUGCUAUGAUUUUGGCACCUUUUGCCCAUUCAUUCAAUUUUGCAACUACUCUCGUUGCAUUUUGCGGAUUACCCUGGGCUCUCGCCUCCUGGGCCCCCAGCACUUUCAUGGGAGUCGAAGUAAAUCGCCUCAGCAGCACCACCCCCACCUACGAGCGCUUCCCACUUUCCAGGCGUAACUCCAACCCGAGCUCCUCUUCCGGCACGCCGCUGACACCACGCUCCCCCUUUCCCCUCCAUCUCGAAAAUGGCCUCUCGGACGACAACAUUGCGUCCACAGGCGAGCUCUCGGGCCUCUACUUCGGGAUCCUCAACAUCUAUACCACGCUUCCGCAGUUCGUCGGCACGUUUAUCAGCAUGAUCGUGUUCAGUAUUCUAGAGCCGGGAAAGAGCCCGGAGUUGGCUGAUGAUGCGGCCCCGAAGGAGCGUCUUGAUAGGGAUGGCCCGAAUGCCAUCUCGGUCUGUUUGUUUAUUGGGGCGAUUAGCACGGUGGGCGCGGCGUGGGCGACGAAGAAACUGAGAGAUAUGCAGUGA